AUGACCCAACUCAACAACAUUGUGCACACUGCUCUACUCCUCGCCGGCACGGUGGCUGCUGGGGGCUGCAAGACCUUUCCAGCUUCGAUGGACGAGUACUCUGCCGGCUUCAAGCAGCCAGAGCCACCGCUGGUCAAGUCCGAGUUCACCACGAGCUUCGUCCAGCACAAGUGGAACGAGAAUGUGUCCCACAUCGCGGCCGGCUUCAUCACAAACUCGGCAUCCAAGGGUGUCGUCCACGUCGACCUCGCCUUUGACGGAUCCCUUGCCUCGUCCGUGUUCAACUACGCCAACGUCACGGACGAGGGCCUCGUCGACAACACGGUCACCACCCUCUUGCCCAACUCGACCACGCUCGAUGUCUGGCAGGACUAUGUCAACCCCAACUUCCCCAUCUUUCCCGAAGAUAUCCUCGUCCAGUCGGACGCCGUCUUCAGCGGACUGGUGGACAAGAAAUUCCUGACGUAUCCCGUCGCGGCUUGGAGCAUCAUGUAUCAAGGCGUGAUCCCCACGACCGUCUAUGUCGACAACACGGGUAUGCUGGUUGGGUACGACUACUUCUCGCCGGGCCUGCGCACCCGCGUCAUCACCGAAUUCUUCAACACCAAGGCCACGGCCUAA